AUGGAAGUUUUUUGUCGGGGAUAUAUCGGGGAUGCGGAGCAUAUUAGUAAGGUUACUGUAUGCAGAGCAGUAAGAAAAGUGUGUCUCACUUUCAAGCGCUUUCUUCCCAUUUUUGUCCUGUUUCCUGGACAUAAACCCCUGAGAACCAUCAAAGAGGAGUUUCACAGGAUUGCUGGAUUUCCCAAUGUGGUUGGGUGCAUUGAUGGUACACAUAUACCCAUCAUUGCACCAACUGAAAAUGAGGCAGACUAUGUGAACAGAAAGUCAAUCCACAGUAUUAAUGUACAGAUCAUAUGUGAUGCUACAUGCAUCAUUACCAAUGUUGAGGCAAAGUGGCCCGGCUCAGUUCAUGACUCACGAAUGUAUCGUGAGUCAAGCCUGAGCAACAGACUGGAGCGUGGAGAGAUUGAUGGCUUUCUCCUGUGGGAUAGGGGUUACCCAUGCCAGCCAACACUUAUAACCCCUUACCCAGAACCUGACCAAGGCCCACAGCAGCGCUUUAAUGUGGCACACUGCAGGACGAGAGCCCAGGUGGAGAUGACCAUAGGCCUGUUGAAAGCACGUUUCCAGUGCCUACGUCACCUUAGGGUCACCCCUGAAAGGGCCUGCGACAUAAUUGUGGCAUGUGUAGUUCGCCAUAAUAUUGCUAUAAUUAGAGGGGAACAACACCCUGCCCUACACAUACAAGACCCGGAGGAAGACCCCAUCCACCCUGCAGAUUUCCACGAUGGAAGGGCACUUCGAGACCUAAUAUGCUGCAAUUCUUUCUCUUAA